AUGGAGGAAAUUCCAACUCUACAUCCCACGAAACAAGAAUUCGAAAAUCCCAUCGAUUACCUCUCUAACCCUCACAUCAGGAGGCUGGGCAUACGGUAUGGUAUGAUCAAGAUCAUACCACCGGAGAAUUUCUCCCCGCCACUCUCUAUUGACGUGGAGGGCUUUACUUUUCAACCGAGAAUCCAAAACCUAGAAAACCUAGACCUGAGAAAUAGGUGCAGGUUAUUUUUCAUGAAACAAUUAAAUAAUUUCAAUAGAUCUACUAGAGAUCCAACGAAACCUAUGCUUAAAGUACCUUAUUCUGUGGUUGAAUAUUCGGGUUCGGCCCAUGCAUCGGAAAGACUGCCAAAAAAAGUGUACUUUUAUGACAUUUUCGCUGAAUUGAUAAAGGACAGGCAGGCGCCCACUGACACUUCUCAAUACUCUAGGCGAAAGCUGAAGUUUAGAGACAUUUUUCAAAUAAGAGACGAUAGUAGCCUCUGGAAGAACAUAUCUAAAAAAUUCAAGGUACCGACCGAUUCACUGAAGCAAAUUUUUGAGGGUUAUAUUGCCUCAUACUAUAUAUUUCUUCAUUCGCUGAAAGGGAAUGUACACGCAGCAUUGCACAACGACCAGUAUCCGAAGUCAUUGCUGAGUGACGAUGAGGACAAUUUAGAUCUUGGGUCCGAUUCCGAAGAGGACGAUGAUGAGGCUUGUAUCAUCUGUGGCAGGACAGACGACCCAAAGGGAACGAUCUUGUGCGAUUCGUGUGAUAAACCAUUCCAUAUGUGCUGCUUAACACCGCCUUUGGAGCAUGUACCCGCCGGUGACUGGAUUUGUAAUACUUGCAUUGUCGGAAAUGGAUAUUAUGGCUUCACCCAGGAUACGCAUUACUACUCACUGCUGGAAUUCCAAAACUAUUGCAAAAAGCAACAUUCGAAACUUUUAUCGGGAAGGAAACUGUCUGUAAACGAAUUGGAAGAGAUGUUUUGGAAUUUCGUCACCAAAGACCAUCAGGAUGCAUUGACAACGGUCAAGUACGGUGCUGACAUACACAACGAGUCGCCGGGUCAAAUCACAGGAUUCCCCACGAGAGCAUUUAUACCCAAGAAUCUAAAUGAAGAUGAAACAAAGGACUAUUUAAGAUAUUGCGAUCAUCCCAUGAAUCUAACUAAUUUACCCAUGGCUCACAAUUCGCUGUUACCAUUAUUUGAAAGAAACAUCUCGGGCAUGACCAUUCCUUGGAUUUACAUUGGCUCAUUGUUUUCCACGUUUUGCUGGCACAUGGAGGACCAGUAUACCCUAAGUGCCAAUUAUCAGCAUCAAGGUGACCCUAAAGUUUGGUACAGUAUUCCCGAAUCGGGCUGUGCAAAAUUCAAUGAUCUCCUGAAAGAUUUAUCACCGGACUUAUUUAUCAAACAGCCAGAUUUGUUGCAUCAACUGGUGACUUUGAUAUCUCCAUAUGAUUCACAUUUCAAAAAAUCAGGUAUUCCUGUGUACAAAGCCAUUCAAAGAUCUAACCAGUAUAUUAUUACGUUCCCGAAAUGCUACCAUGCCGGUUUCAACACGGGUUAUAAUUUCAAUGAAGCCGUCAAUUUCACUAUGGAUUUUUGGCUACCCUAUGGAUUUGGUGCGAUUAUGGAUUAUAAAUCAACCCAAAAACCGUGUGUUUUUGAUAUGUUUGAUUUGAUGAUCAACAUUUUGGACAGCUACAACAAGGACACUUUAUCGUUUAAUGACGCCUUCGCUAGACAAUGCUAUUCUUCAUUGAUCGUCUUCUAUAAUGCGGAAUUAAAACGUAUACGAAAAAUCCAAGCCGUUGUGCCACGUCAAACUCUUUUGGCUGUAAAUGCUGAUGCCGAUGAUGAUGAUGGGGAGCACGAUAUAUUCUGUUCCCAGUGCAAGACCAUAUGUUCAAUGGCUUUUGUGUUGCACCAACUCAACGACACCAAAUCAGGGAGAACAUAUAAAAGACGUAAGAGAAAUCCUCUAACCAUCAAGCAAUGGAAUGAAAUAUCUACGACAGACCGUAAUUUAAGUGUCCUAUGUACACAGGAUUUCCUGAAAACGCUACAGAAUUUAAAAAGUAGCGACGAUGAAGAAGCGUGUAUCGAUGACGAGUUUUAUUUAACCAAGUCCCUGGAGGACGUUGACUCUUUAAUGAAGCAAGUUGGUGUCAAGUUAGACAAAUAA